CCUUCUGGGUCUAAUUCUGACUUUCUUCUUUACGAUACCCCCACCUCCCCUUGCCAUCGCCUUCAGCCUGUCCCUCUCUCCCGGUGAGCUCGGAGCUGCACUGGCGCAAACAUGGCCCAGCGACAAAUCCCCUUGUCCGUCACGCAGCCGACGCUGCUCACGAACUUGAACAUCCUCCCGGCAUCGAUAUCAUGGCAGAACUGCACAUUGGAGUCGGACAAGUUUGUCUGCGUGCGCCAACAGAGCGAGGGCAACACGCCCGCCGAGACAGUGAUUGUCGACCUCAAGAACACAAACAACAUCAUCCGGCGGCCAAUUCGCGCUGAUAGCGCCAUCAUGCAUUUGACGGAGCCCAUCAUCGCCCUUAAAGCCCAGGGCAAGACGCUCCAGCUUUUCAACCUCGAGACAAAGCAGCGCCUGCAGACGUAUACCCACACCGAAGACAUCCAGUUCUGGCGAUGGAUCAGCCAAACCACGCUCGCUCUUGUCAGCGUCAAGUCCGUCUUCCACUGGGAUGUCCUGGAUGGAAACAGCCCGCCUUCUCCGCGCAAGGUCUUUGACCGUCAGGAGCAGUUGGAGAACAACCAAAUCAUCAACUACGUCACUAACGAUGACGAGAGCUGGUCAUGUUUGGUGGGGAUAGCGUCCAACCCCGCAGGAGGCAUCCGCGGCAACAUGCAGCUCUUCUCCAAGGCGCGCAAUGUCAGCCAGCCUCUCGAGGGUCAUGCAGCCACCUUUGGAACCAUCCGUCUCGACGGUGCUUCCACCGAUACCAAGAUCUUUGCUUUCGCCGUCAAAUCUACCUCCGGCGAGGCCAAGAUCAACAUUGUCGAGGUCGACCACAACCCGUCCAACCCUGCCUUCCCCAAGCGAUUGAUUCCUAUCCACUGGCCUGCUGAGAGCAACGGCGAUUUCCCCCUUGGCAUUCACAUUGCUCACAAGUAUGGCAUCUUGGUCGUCAUCACCAAGUUCGGCUUCAUCCACCUCCACGACCUCGAGACUGGUACCGCUCUGUUUUUGAACCGGAUAUCGGAGGAGACAGUAUUCACCACCACACGCGACGACGACGGAAAGGGUGUUGUCGUGAUCAACAAGCGUGGACAGGUCCUCCAUACCACAAUCAAGGAGGAUGCUCUUAUCCCGUACAUUAUGGAGAACCCCGCUUGCGCAGAAAUUGCCUACAAGUUGGCUUCUAAGGGUGGCCUUCCUGGAGCCGAUCAGCUGUACGCUACGCGCUUCGAGAACUUGAUGCAACAGUCGAAUUUCAGCGAGGCCGCAAAGGUCGCUGCCAACUCACCCCGUGGAUUCCUUCGCACAGCUCAGACAAUCAACAGGCUGCGCCAGAUCCCCGCCCAACCUGGUCAAAUCACGAUUCUCCUGCAAUACUUUGGUCAACUGCUCGAUAAGGGUGGAUUGAACAAGGAAGAGACUCUCGAGCUGGCACGCCCCGUCUUCGCUCAGGGCCGCAAACACCUAAUUGAAAAGUGGCAAAAGGAAGAGAAGCUGUUCUGCUCCGAAGAGCUUGGAGAUCUUGCAAAACCUCACGACCUUAAUCUCGCGCUCUCUAUUUACAAGGCAGCCAAUGUACCCCAGAAAGUGGUUGCUUGCCUCGCAGAGCUUGGUCUUUUCGAAUUGAUCGUGCCAUACUGCGAAUCGGCUGGAUACACGCCCGACUACAAUGUCCUGCUGCAGCAUAUUGCUCGUGUCAACCCAGAGAAGGCUGUAGAGUUCGCAACGGCGCUCGCAAAGCACUCCGGAGGUCCAUUGAUCAGCCUCGAUCGCGUGGUCGAUAUUUUCCAGUCUCAGGGUAUGGUUCAGCAGGCAACUGCUUUCCUGUUGGAUGUCCUCGCAAACAACUUGCCCGAGGAAGGCCCUCUACAGACCAAACUUCUCGAGAUGAAUUUGCUCAAUGCUCCUCAAGUCGCGGAUGCUAUACUUGGAAACGAGAUGUUCUCGCAUUACGACAAGCCUCGCAUUGCCUCACUGUGCGAGAACGCUGGACUUCUUACCCGUGCCUUGGAGCACACCGACGAUACUAGCGCAAUUAAACGCAUGAUUGUUCAGACCGACAAGCUCCCCGAAGAGUGGAUGAUCAACUACUUUGGACAGCUCACUGUCGAGCUCUCACUCGACUGCUUGGACCACAUGCUCACCACCAACAUCCGCCAGAACCUCCAAGCCGUCAUCCGGAUCGCCCAAAAAUACUCUGAUUUGCUCGGUGCCACUAGGAUCAUUGACCUUCUGGAGAAGCACCGCACUGCUGAGGGUCUCUUCUUCUUCCUCGGAUCCAUUGUCAACGUCAGCGAAGAUCCCGAUGUCCACUUCAAGUACAUUGAGGCCGCAACCACUGUUGGCCAAUUGAACGAGGUCGAGCGUAUCUGCCGAGAGUCCAACUUCUACAACGCCGAGAAGGUGAAGAAUUUCCUCAAGGAGGCCAACCUUACUGAGCAGCUGCCUUUGAUCAUCGUCUGUGAUCGAUUCAACUUUGUCCACGACUUGGUUCUCCACCUCUACAAGAAGCAGCAGUUCAAGUCCAUCGAAGUUUACGUCCAGCGCGUGAACCCAGCUAGGACACCUGCCGUCAUCGGCGGUCUGCUCGACGUUGAUUGCGAUGAGAGCAUUAUCAAGGGCUUGUUGGGAUCAGUCACUCCUUCCUCCAUCCCCAUCGACGAGCUUGUCGCAGAGGUCGAAUCGCGCAACCGCCUCAAAUUGCUGCUGCCAUUCUUGGAGCAAACUCUCGCUGCUGGCAACCAGCAACAGGCAGUUUUCAAUGCUCUGGCCAAAAUUUACAUCGACUCCAACAACAACCCCGAGAAGUUCCUCAAGGAGAACGACCAAUACGACACCCUGACCGUCGGAAAGUACUGCGAGAAGCGUGACCCCAACCUUGCCUUCAUCGCCUAUAGCAAGGGCCAGAAUGACCUCGAGUUGAUCAACGUUACCAACGAGAACUCCAUGUUCAAGGCCCAGGCUCGUUACCUCCUCGACCGUGCCGAUAGCGAGAUUUGGGACUUUGUGCUCAACCCCAACAACAUGCACCGCCGAUCUUUGGUCGAUCAGGUCACCUCGACUGCCGUGCCAGAAUCGACCGAUCCAGACAAGGUUUCCGUGGCCGUCAAGGCAUUCAUUACUGGUGACAUGCCCGCGGAGCUUAUCGACCUUUUGGAGAAGAUUAUUAUCGAGCCCACCACGUUCAGUGACAACCCAUCCCUUCAGAACCUGCUCAUGCUCACGGCUGCCAAGUCGGACCGUGGCCGCAUGAUGGGCUACAUUCAUCAAUUGGAGCACUACACCCCAGAGGAUAUUGCUCAGCAAUGUAUUGAGGUUGGUAUGCACGAAGAGGCUUUCGAAAUCUACAAGAAGCACGAGACCCACGUCGAGGCCGUCAACGUGCUCGUCGAUCACGUUGGCAGCAUUGACCGUGCUCAAGAAUAUGCUGAACGCGUCGACCUGCCGGAAGUCUGGAGCAGAGUCGCCAAGGCCCAGCUCGACGGUCUUCGUGUCACCGAUUCUAUCGAAUCAUACAUUCGUGCCGCUGACCCAUCGAACUUCCUUGAAAUCAUUGAGAUCGCCACCCACGCCGGCAAGGAUGAGGAUUUGAUCAAGUUCUUGCGCAUGGCCCGCAAGACCACUCGCGAGGUGCCGGUCGAUACCGCUCUCGCCUUCUGCUAUGCUCGCACCAACCAGCUUCCCGAGCUCGAGGAUUUCUUGCGCGCUACCAACGUUGCCGACGUCGAGGCUUCUGGUGACAAGGCGUACGAGGAGGGUCUCCACGAGGCUGCCAAAAUCUUCUUCACGAGCAUCUCCAACUGGGCCAAGCUUGCUACUACGCUUGUCCACCUCGAGGACUACCAAGCGGCUGUCGAGUGCGCCCGCAAGGCUAACAGCAUCAAGGUGUGGCGACAGGUCAACGAGGCCUGUGUUGAAAAGAAGGAAUUCCGCCUUGCUCAAAUUUGCGGUCUUAACCUCAUUGUGCACGCCGAAGAACUCGCCGAUCUGGUCAAGCAGUACGAGCGCGAGGGCUACUUCGACGAACUCAUUGGUCUUUUGGAGGCUGGUCUUGGUCUUGAGCGUGCUCAUAUGGGAAUGUUCACGGAACUUGGCAUUGCCCUCACCAAGUAUCACCCCGAGCGUGUCAUGGAGCAUCUUCGUCUCUUCUGGUCCCGGCUGAAUAUUCCAAAAAUGAUUCGCGCCUGCGAGGAAGGUCACUUAUGGCCCGAGCUCAUCUUCCUGUACAUCCACUAUGACGAAUUCGAUAAUGCUGCUCUCGCUAUGAUGGAGCGCGCCGCCGAUGCAUGGGAACAUCAAUCUUUCAAGGACACCAUCAUCAAGGCCUCCAACGUCGAGAUCUACUACCGUGCUUUGAACUUCUACCUGGAGGAGCAGCCUACUCUUCUCACCGACUUGUUGCAGGUGCUCACCCCUAGGAUCGACGUGAACCGUGUAGUCCGGAUGUUCUUGAAGUCGGAUAAUAUCCCUCUUAUCAAGCCCUUCCUUCUCAGCGUUCAGUCCCAGAACAAGCGCGAGGUCAACAGUGCUCUCAACGAUCUUCUGAUUGAAGAGGAGGAUUACAAGACGCUACGCGACUCGGUCACCAACUACGACAACUACGAUGCCAUGGACCUGGCCCAGCGACUCGAGAAACACGAUCUGGUCUUCUUCCGCCAGAUCGCGGCCAACAUCUACCGCAAGAACAAGCGAUGGGAUAAGUCAAUUGCGCUGUCCAAGCAGGACAAGCUGUUCAAAGACGCGAUCGAGACUGCCGCCAUCUCUGCCAAGCCAAACGUUGUCGAGGAGUUGCUCCGCUACUUCGUGGACAUUGGCAGCCGCGAGUGCUACGUCGGUAUGCUCUAUGCAUGCUACGAUCUCAUCCGUCCCGAUGUCAUCUUGGAGAUGUCAUGGCGCAACGGUCUCCACGACUUCACCAUGCCGUACAUGAUCAACUUCUUGUCGCAGCAAGCCGCUACGAUUGAGGCGCUCAAGAAGGACAAUGAGGAGCGCAAGACCCGCGAGGCGUCGCAGCAGAAGAAGGAGGAUGACACACCGAUCCUUGGAUCGCGCCUCAUGCUCACGCAGGGGCCCGUGGGCUCGGCACCGUCGCCUGGUCCGUAUCAGCAGCCAAACGGCAUUGCUCCGCAGCCGACUGGAUACCGGGGUUUCUAA